GUUUCAUCAGAUCUAAUGGGACUCCAUCUUCUUUCACCUCCAAUCCACAGUUCGAAAUCCAUUCUCGUUGCUAUAAAUUCUCCAAUUCGCACGCCCUUUCGCACAUUCGAUCCUUUGCUGAAACCUAUUCUGUGUAGAACUAAGCGACCAAACACUUCACCGCUCUUCUCUGCUCCAACACAUUGUCGAAUUUUUGCUUACAAAGGUAGUGGGGUUGAAUUCGAUAAGAAAGAAUCGGCCAUGACGAUCACGCCGGCGGUGAGAAUCAGUGACGGGAAGUUGGUGGUGAAGGACCGUGUAAUACUUACAGGUGUGCCGGAGAAUGUGAUUGCCACUUCCGGGUCGGACUCCGGCCCGGUGGAGGGUGUGUUUCUUGGAGCGGAGUUGGAUGAGAAAAGUAGCCGCCAUGUGGUCUCGUUGGGGACUCUCCGGGAGGUCCGGUUCAUGGCUUGUUUCCGGUUUAAGCUAUGGUGGAUGUCCCAAAUGAUGGGAGAUAAGGGGCGUGACAUUCCUCAUGAAACCCAGUUCUUAAUUUUGGAAACCAAAGAUGGGUCCCAGCUGGAACCCGACGGCGGCGCCGGCGGCGAUGAGAACAAAGUAAUCUACACCGUUUUCCUUCCGUUAAUUGAAGGCCCAUUCCGAGCGUGUCUUCAGGGGAAUUCUCGGGACGAGCUAGAGCUCUGCCUGGAGAGCGGCGAUUCGGCUAUUCUGGGUUCCAAUUUUACCCACGCCGUUUACAUCCACGCCGGAACGGACCCGUUCGCCGCCAUCACGGCGGCGGUAAGCACGGCCAAGCUCCAUCUCAAGACUUUCCGGCAACGGCACGAGAAGAAGCUGCCGGGAUUUGUUGAUUGGUUCGGGUGGUGCACUUGGGAUGCCUUUUACCAGGAGGUUACUCAAGAAGGCGUGGAAUCCGGGCUCAACUCCCUCGCCGCCGGCGGGAUUCCCCCGAAGUUCAUCAUCAUCGACGACGGGUGGCAAUCCGUCGGCAGCGACCCGGAAACCCGCGAGGAGAAGCCAUUAAUGAGGCUCACCGCCAUUAAAGAAAACUCAAAAUUCCAAGACAAGGAAGACCCAACAAUAGGAAUCAAAAACAUAGUAAACUUCGCCAAACAAAAACACGGCGUCAAAUUCGUAUACGUUUGGCACGCCAUUACCGGGUACUGGGGCGGGGUCCGACCCGGGGAGAAGGGAAUGGAGCAAUACGGGUCAAUCUUGAAGUACCCGGAUAUUUCCAAAGGGGUGAUGGAGAAUGAACCUUCAUGGAAAACGGAUCCACUUGCGGUUCAUGGUUUGGGUCUAAUGAACCCGAAAAGUGUUUACAAGUUCUAUAAUGACUUCCAUGGCUACUUAGCUUCAGCUGGGGUGGAUGGGCUAAAGGUGGAUGUGCAGUGCAUAUUGGAGACUCUUGGAGCUGGGCAUGGUGGGCGGGUCGAGAUCACACAGCAAUAUCAUCAAGCUCUCGACGCCUCGGUUGCUAACAACUUCCCUGAUAAUGGCUGCAUUGCUUGUAUGAGCCACAGCACAGAUGCACUUUAUUGCUCAAAGCAAACGGCUGUGAUUAGAGCGUGCGAUGAUUUCUACCCACGCGAUCCGAAAUCACACACAAUCCACAUUUCUGCAGUGGCAUAUAACAGUGUGUUCCUUGGUGAGUUUAUGCAGCCUGAUUGGGACAUGUUCCACUCCCUUCAUCCGGCUGCGGAGUAUCAUGGCUCAGUAAGGGCUCUCAGUGGCGGCCCAGUCUAUGUUAGUGAUGCACCUGGGAAACACAAUUUUGAGCUCCUAAGGAAGCUUGUUCUCCCUGAUGGUUCAAUUCUUAGAGCUCGUUUGCCUGGCCGCCCUACAAAGGAUUGCCUUUUUUCUGACCCUUCUCGAGAUGGUGUUAGCCUCUUGAAGAUUUGGAACAUGAACAAAUACACCGGGGUGCUUGGAGUCUACAACUGCCAAGGUGCAGCAUGGAAUGCAGUUGAGAGGAAGAACACGUUCCACCAAACUGGAACCGAGGCAAUAACAGGAUAUGUUAGGGGCCGUGAUGUUCAUAGCCUCUCCGAAGUUGCGUUGGACUCCAACUGGAGUGGAGACUCUGCUGUAUACUCUCACAACAAAGGCAAUCUCGUCACCCUUCCGUACAAUGCUGCAAUGCCCAUUUCCUUGAAGAUCCUCGAGCAUGACAUUUUCACCAUCACGCCUAUCAAGGUCUUGGCACCGGGGUUCAGCUUUGCACCGUUGGGGCUCGUUGACAUGUUCAAUGCAGGUGGAGCAAUUGAGGGACUCAAGUAUGAAAUGAAGGCCAGUUGCCAAGGUGAAGCUAGUUCUGUGGGUGUAGUUUUUAUUGAGGUUAGGGGGUGUGGCAGAUUUGGUGCUUACUCAUCUGCCAAACCAAGAAAGUGCAGCUUGGGAGGAAAUGUGGUUGAUUUUACAUAUGAUUUGGAUUCUGGUUUGGUCACCUUAAACUUGGAUGACAUGCCUGCAGAAGAUCAGAGAGUUCACAUCAUUGAGAUUGAAUUAUAAGAUGCUAAAUUGUUCUCCACAUUAUUUGGGGAUGAGAAGAGGACACCUACCUCAGAAGAAAUUAAAGAUUCUUCAAGUGACUAACUUCCUCUCUCCCAGGAUUGUUUUCCCACUAUGCAUUGCUCCAAACAUGUUGGAUAAAAAGAUGAAUGAAAGAUUAGAUCCUGAUCUUGGAUUGUAUUAGAACAUUUAUGUAAUUUCAAGCUGAAAAUUUAGUUUGAUUCUUACACCCCAACGAACAAGAUGGAUUUGGACAAAAGAUUUGAAUUCCACAUGGGAUCAUAUGCUUCUAUGUAAUCACAAAUAAGUUUGAUGGCUCAUGUCAAAACUUCAUUUUCA